UUAACCAAGGCUUUGGCACACAGAACGCGAUCUGUCGCGGCGGGCAGCGAUAUUUGACCGCAGCAAUUUUGUAUUACACAAAAAUGUACGAGGAUGGGCACACUGAAAGCGGUCUACCGCGGCGGGCAAGGUUAGAUCGCGACGACAAGCGAUACACUUGUACAAAUUUACAAAUUAUCGCGCGAUAUAUAUUAUAUUUACAUCUUAGGUUAUUUUCUAUGUUUACAUCCAUCAAUGAAAUUAAAAAUGUCGGAAAAUAAUGAAAUAUUUAUAGAAACUGUGAGAAGCUAUGUGUUUUUGUAUGACACUACACAUGAACAUUAUAAGAAUAUGUUGAAGAAAAGUGAAGCAUGGAACGAAAUAGCAAAAACUCUCAACAUGACUGCUGAAUCAGCAAAACAAAAAUGGAAGAAUUUACGUGAUUCCUACGUGAGAUACAAGAAGUUUACAACGGGUAAAACUGGUCAGGCCAAGAAAUACCAUAAGUGGCCUUGGAGUAUCCAUAUGAAAUUUUUGGAUUAUACUCUUAAACCACGUUUGCAUAGUAGCAAUGUACCAACAGAAAUCUUAUCAGAAACUGAAGAUAGUCAGUUCUCUGAAGCAGAGAAUUUGUUGAUGUCUGAUGAUACCCAAGAAACAAAUGCAUCUCGCGAACGAUCUUCAACACCUUUACGAACACCAGCCCGACCAAAAGAAAAAAAAAAUAAGUCCCGUAGUCACCCAUCAAUAGAAAACGGCUCAGAUGACGUCGAUAAAGUCAUUGACUUCUUGUCAAACAAAAGAAGCAAACAGGGCAUCGAUGAUGUUGAUCAUUUAUUUUUGAGUUAUGCUGCGACCUUCAAAAAAUUCAGUCCAUUGACUCAGGCCAAGUUGAAGGUAGAGCUUGCCAAAUUAUUUGCAGAAACUGAAAUUAAAGAGCUAGAAGCCCAAUCACCACCAGCGAUAGAGGCAUCAGCAUCACAUUCUCGAGCUUCUUCGGUCAAUUCUUUACAUUAUUUGGACCACAACUAUUCCGGGACAUCGCAACAUUUGGACCCCAAUACUCAAACACAAAUAUAUAGCGAAAGAUCGUCAUGCCAAUCAAAUCUUUUUUCAACAAAAGAUGUUUAUGAAGAAGCAAGCGACAUGAUUGAAAAUUCCGAAGAUAUUUAUCUUAAUGUAACCUAGAUAAUAAAUAAAUUUACUCUAAAUGUUAUUAUUUUAAACAUUUGAAUUUCAAUGUUGAUUUUGACGUUUCUACGCCAUUUUGGUCAAGUUUAAACACUAUAAAUGUUUGUAUAUUAAUAUAUUAAUUAUAGUUUAUUUGUAAAUUUCACAUAAAGUGUCUAUGACUUUUAAUUACCUCAAACAAAUAGCUAAUCUUUCUCUUGUAUGAAUUGGUUUUCUCCAGUUCGUGGUGCACUUAGCAAUAUUUGCCUUUAAAAGGUCAUGCAAUUCUUCAAAACACAAUCUCGACAUGCGGAAAUAUUGAAAAAACUUGUCUUCAUGAGACUGUAGUUCAAUACAGAGGCGGUGGUAUUCGCCAAAUUGGGCCCUCUUUUUAUUGAUGGGAUGUACCCAGUAACGUUUUUUCUUUUUCUUUUUUAGUAGAGCAAAGA